AUGAAGAAACCUUCAAUGAUCUCUUUUCUCACCACUCUCCUGUUGGCAGCAAUGAUCUGCACACACGGACAAGAACCGGUGAAGGACUCUGCCGGAAACUCACUUGAAACCGGCCAGCAAUACUUCAUCCAGCCGGUGAGUAACAUAGGAGGGGGUCUUGUCCCAGCCGCCGUUUCAAUAAUUCGCAUUUGUCCACUUGGAAUCGUUCAAGCACUCGAUCCAUCUCGACCGGGCCAACAAGUUAGCUUCGAAUCUCUCUCACCGAACACAGAUAGCAUCGUUACGACAUCCACGGAUGUAACCAUCGAGUUCAAGUCCAACUUCUGGCCGGCUUGCAAAAAGUUAUCCAAGUUCUGGGAAGUCGAUGAAUCCUCCUCAUCGGAGCCUGCGAUUCUCAUCGGUGGCGAGCCGGAGCGACCAAAUAGCCAAUUUAAGAUUGAGAAAGCCGGAGAAGGAGAGGGAGCAGGAGCAAACACUUACAAGUUCACCAGCUUGACCGGAACCGUUGGAGUCAUCCCAGGGUUUUGGGGAAUACAACUCGUUGUCACCAAUGAUACGGCUAAGACCUUACUCGUCGAAUUCAGGAAGGAUAACAAAGCUACUACUUCUACUUCCAUGGUUGAGAAGUUGGGUCUGAGGAUGUUCCCCUCCUACUAG